AUGAAAAGAUACUUUGAAAGAAGAGAGUUAAUGCUAAACGCUGGAAAGUCGAAGAUAAUAAUUUUCAAGAAAGGGAGAAGUCAGAAGAAAAAGGAGAUAUGGAAGUGGGGAGAAGAAGAAUUAGAAGAAGUAAAAGACUUCAAAUACCUAGGGUAUCACUUCCAGAAAAAUGGAAGAACGGAGAUGCACUGGAGAGAAACAGCGAAAAAGGCGAUGAUAGUGAUGAAGCAGACAUGGGGAAUUGGAGAAAGGAGAUUCAAAAACAACUUUGAAAGAAGGAUGAAGAUCUACAGAAGCUUGGUGAAAAGCGUUAUGAUGUAUGCAGCAGAGAUAUGGGGAUGGAGCGAAUCGGAGAGACUUGAAAAACUACAUACAAAGUACAUAAAAUGGCUAUUAGGAUUGGACUUCAAUACACCAACAUAUAUAGUAAUGGAUGAAACAAAGGAGGACAAAAUAAGAAUAGAAGCAGGCAGGAGAGCAAUGAGAUACGAAGAAAUAAAAUAA